AUGGAUAAAACCACGAUCGUUUCGUCGCUCGCUUCUAUCGCCAUAUUUAUCCAUAUCAUCUUCAACUUCAUCCUAUCCGCCACAUCCCCGGCAUCAUUAUUCCAGGGACUGCCGUCCUCCCAGUCCCAAACAUCCACACCUCCACCAACACCGAGGGAGUCCACGACACACCCCAUCCCCCCCCCACAUCCCAGCCUCGAGUAA